CACUUUACAGUUGGUUAUAUGACUGUAAGUCAUUCCCUUCAAAUGCUGUUGAAGUUAGAAACGUGUUUAACAAUGUCGUAUGUAACUUUAGAGACGGUCCCUUAAUUUCCGCAUAUCCGCGAAUAUCGAACAUCACACCAACUUUAUUCCAGUGCUGCAGCCUGCAGAACGGGGCGAGGCUGCAGGUUAUGUACUCUUAAUACUAAAACUACUUAAGACUACAAGUAAAUGUACCCUAGACUACCUUUUGACUAAAAACAGACAGCACCGCAAACGUGGCACUCAAGGCAAAACCAACACCACACGUUCCCUCACAAGAUGGCGAUGCCGAAGCCAAACACCAGGGGAAACCCUGCUGUAUCGUCUCUAAACCUUUUCUCUUCUAUAAACCAAAGUGCUAGUGAGGACUCUUAUUUUGUUUUCUGGCCGAUGACGCAAUCAACCUGCGACCGAAAACCCAAUCCCUUUCCCAAAUCGCUAUGAGGUAGACAAUAAUGACAUAUAUACUCUACAUAGUGCACUACUUAUCGAAUUCGGGGGGGAAUUGAGAUUCAGCCAUAAUCCCGCGCCUAAACUCAGUUUUAAGGGAGCUGUGACAGUGUACACAAGAUUUGAGUUGCUCUGUUCGGUCCGUACAAUAGAGAACAUUCCAAAAUCUUUGUUUUUAUUUUUUAUUUUAUUUUUUAUUUUAUUUUUUAUUUUAUUUUAUAUAACUCAGCGGUACCGGUAAGUAUCUAAUCUGUCUAGUCGGGUAAUAUACAGUUAGACUUUUAGCAGUGAACUAAGCAGAACCAACAGUUCCGGCCAGUAAACUAAAAAAAAAAAAACCAACAAUAACAACAACACUGGCGUAUUUAAUUUGAUCUGUGAAAGAGUAUGUUAUAUUAACCAGAGCUGUAACAUGUCGAUGUGGUGAAUAUAAUCAACAUAAACAUGUUUGGCUUGUUUUUAGCGGUUAUAAUGCACAGAAUAAACCUCUAGCUCAGUUCUGGAUGUAGAGAACCCGGAUGUAGAUUUCUAUUUAAGUAUGGAGAUAUGAAUGAGGAAGAAACCUUGAGAACGGACGCCAACCUCUUCUGGCUGACCCCAAAGAGUGGGAUUCUAACUUCUUCCUCUUACACAACUGUACAUUAUAAAGUCAAGCAGUACUAACUGUGGUGAAAUGAUGCUCAGUGUGAACACAUUUUGAAUUACAGCAGCAGUUCUUAGGUACUUAAGUUCACUGUAUCCAGCUGAGAUUAUCCACUGAAGCAAGGGGGAGUCUUGAGCUUCCGAGCAUCCACAGCUGUAGAAGAAUGUCAGAUGUACUGUAUCCGGGUGAGAUUAUCCACGGAAGCAAGAUCGAGUCUUGAGCGUAAAUCGUUUUGGGGAAGUGGAAAUCUUUAGAGUAUCCACACACUACAGUAGAAGGUGAGUGAGGAGCACAGAAAGCUCCAAGCAGAAGUAGCGCACCCGGAAGACUCGGGCAUGUCUUGAGGGUGAGGGGAGCCACAGCAGUAGACAUGUGUCCGGAUUAGGUACUGAUAUCACCUGGUGACUGUGUUUGAUUUCUGUACUUAAAGUUAGACUGGUGUGGCACAGUGGGUAGCAUUGCUACUUCACAGUUUCCGUGCAAGUUCUCCCCGUAUCCAUGUGGGUUUCCUCCAGGUUCUUUGGUUUUCUCCAUGCCAGUAGUUUUUGUAGCAGAUGGACAAAACCUAUGGCCAAAAGUUGACACCUGACCAUAUGACACAGCCAUAUGCAGGCCUUGCCCAAACUAUUUCCACAAAGUAUUAAAGAACACAAUUGUAUAAGACAUCUUCGUACACAAGAGCAUUACGGUUUCCCUUCACUGUAACUAAUGGGGGGGGGGGGGCUCCUCAGCCACCACUAGUGUGUAGCAUCCACCUGGAUGAUGCGACGGCAAUCAUAGUGCACCAGAACGCCCACCACACACCAGCUGUUAGUGUAGAGGAGAGAGUGAUGAUGGGGAUUAUUAGGGGGCCAUGAUAAAGAAGGGCAAAUGGGGGAAUUUCGCCAGGACACCUGGGGUUAUAUUCCUACUCAUUUACGACAAGUGUCCCGAGGUUUUUAAUGACUACAGAGAUUCAGGAACUCGGUUUAAGGUCUCAUCCGAAAGAAGGUGCUGUUUUUACAGUAUAGUGUCCCUAUCACUAUACUGGGGCAUGAGGACCCACACAGACCACAGGGUGAGCGCCCCCUGCUGGCCUCACUAAUACCACUUCCAGCAGCAACCUUAGUUUUCCCCAGGAGAUCUCCCAUCCAUUCCAUCUUUGGGAUGAACUGGAACGCUGACUGUGCACCAGGCCUCUUCACCCGACAUCAGUGUCUGACCUCACUAAUGCUCUUGUGGCUGAAUGAGCGCAAAGCCCCAAACCUAGUGGAAAGCCUACCCUGAAGAGUGGAGGUUAUUAAAACAGCAAAGUCGACUAAAUCUGGAAUGGGUUGUUCAAAAAGCACAUAUGGCUGUGAUGGUCAGGGGAUCAUGGCGAUGAAAAGAAAUCUCUCCAACAUGAUGAUUACGUGCGAAUGGGCUUCGUGUACGUUUAAGGGAAAGAGUAUGGAGGAGCUGAGUGAUCACAUGUCAUCACAUUUGAAGGAGCAUCUUGGGGAUGGGGACACCAUGGAGGAGCUUGAUGAUUAUCAGUGUCUGUGGCAGGGCUGUGAGUUCCUGGCUAUGGGAAGUCCUAAUGAGCUCAUUGCCCAUGCGCACUUCCAUAAUUUCCACAGCAAACUAAAGUUCAUCGGGACUCAGUUGCUCCAGUCCCACCCUGAGCUUCCCAGCUGCACGCAGGACCUGCACAGCAACAACCUGAUCACAGACAUCUCUGAAGGAUUCGCGUGUCAGUGGGAACACUGUGACAGUUCUUUUAACAAUCCCGAGUGGUUUUACCGCCAUGUGGACAUGCAUGCACACUGCACAGAGUUACAACCGCUCCCUGAUCAACAGCAGGCUCUCUUCUGCGGCUGGAAAGGCUGUGAUGCCUUCUUUAAGAUCAAGUAUCGGCUGCGUGAGCACCUGCGCAGUCACACACAGGAGCGUCUGGUGGCCUGCCCAACCUGCGGCUGCAUGUUCUCCAGCAACACUAAGUUCUUUGAUCACAUUCAGAGACAGGCCGAGCCAGAGGAUUCGCUUACAUGUGCCCAUUGUGACAAAGGCUUUGCUAAUGAGAGACUGCUGAGAGACCACGUUCGGCAGCACGUGAAUCACAUAAAGUGCCCACUCUGUGACAUGACGUGUACGUCCCUCUCCACCCUGAAGAUCCACAUCAAAUUCCGCCACUGUGACGAGCGCCCGUUCCCCUGUGACUUCUGCGAGAGCAGCUUCAAGAAUCAGCAUGAUCUGCGGAAGCACAUGGAGACCCACAACGAAGGAGCAGCUUACCACUGCGCCGUGGAGGGUUGCGGUUACUCUUCUCGCAUGGCUCACACCAUGAAACAACAUUAUAAAAGAGUACACGAGGGGAACAUGGUGUCCAGGUAUAAAUGUCAUCUGUGUGAGAAGAACUUUUCCUGGUGUUACACCCUGACCCUUCAUCUGAGAAAGAAACAUCAGCUCAAAUGGCCAUCGGGACAUUCCCGCUUCAGGUAUAAAGAAGAUGAGGACGGCUACCUGCGCCUGAACAUGGUUCGCUUUGAGACUGUUGAGGUAACAGAAGAGCUGAUCAAGAACAUGGCAGAAAAACGCACCCCUCGCAAGCUCUCAGGCUCGAGUGCUAAGAGACCAGCGCUACAAGCAGAGAGCAUGCAUGAUGUUCCCACACCAUCUCCUUACCCCUCUUCUUCCUCCUCCUCUGACAUUACGCUGCUUGCGAAUGACGACGACGGUGCGGUAAAGGACAGAGGAUCAGUGUACUGUAUACUGAGCACAGUGACCGAGAUGAACAGGGAUCAAGAGAACACGGCAGACUCUGGGAUGGAGUCGGGGGCAGUGAGAGCGCUGGCUGCUGUAGCUCGAGGGCUCGGUAUGGAUGUUGUGUGAGGAGAAAUUAUAUACAUAACACGCUGCAUUACAAAGCACCAUUAUUGAUGUACUGCGUCUGAUUUACAUCACAACAUGUCGUCUUCGACCACUGGGAUUUCAUAAUAAUGUUCGGUUUGGGAUUUAUGCUAAAUUUGAUUUUAUAAUAAUUAAUCUUUCAGCUUGGAAAUAAUCUCUGGUACUAAUA